GUUAUAUUAUUGUCAUUUGCUACAAUUUUUCUGAUCUGUAUCCAAUAUAAUAUACAAGUUCUAACAAAAUAAUUAUAACAUAACAUUUCAUCUUCGAAUGUUGUCGAUCAGUAAUGUGAGUGAUGGAUACUGUUAAUGGUGCUGUGUCCUCAUCGAACUGUGAAGAAUAUCCAAAUACUAUAAACAAUUUUGCUGCUAAAAUUGGUGAUAACAUUACUGAAUUUGUUAUUAUCAAUUUCAAAAACGAGAACCUUAUAUUGAUCACUCAAUAUUUCAAAGUAGCCACACUUUACAGAGUGGAGAUAGAUAACCCUGACACCGAUUUGAAUAUAACUGAAACGGUUUAUUCAGUAAGUCACAUAAGUGGAAGUGAGAAUCCUAAAGCUUUAGGAGCCAUUCGUUUUCUGGCUGAAAAGUUAAAAUUUACGAAGACAACCAAUAUAUUCUUAGACUCAAAAAAUUACGAUAAAAUUAAUAUCGUAAGUUUGGUGGAGGCUUUAAAGUCUAAAGAGAGUUUCUUGCAUAAAACCCAAUAAUUUAUUGAAAAAUGGAUCUUCGCCAAAGAACAAAAGAAGUAGAGCAUUAUUUUGGUCAGUUAGUAAUAGGACCUCCUGGUUCCGGAAAAACAACAUAUUGUGGAAAGUUAUCAAAAUUAUACAGGAAUAAAUUGAAUAGAGAAAUUACCGUAAUAAAUUUGGAUCCAGCCAAUGAAAAUAUGUGUUAUAUCCCAAAAAUUGAUAUAAGGCAACUAGUAUCAUUAGAAGAUAUAAUGUCUAAAUGGGGUUUGGGACCUAAUGGUUCUUUGAUGUACUGUAUGGAGUAUUUAGAGCAAAAUUUUGAUUGGUUGCUAAAUCAAUUGAUUCAAAUCAAAAGUAGCUAUCUUGUUUUUGACAUGCCAGGACAAGUUGAACUAUACACACAUCAUCAUUCAAUCAGGAAUAUAUGCGAAAAACUCCAUAAAUUAAAUUAUCAGUUAUGCUGUGUGCAUAUGGUUGAUUCUCACUACUGUUCUGAUGCAUCAAAAUUUGUUUCAACACUUCUUCUAUCACUUUCAACCAUGAUGAACAUAGGACUUCCUCAUGUGAAUGUUUUAACUAAGGCUGAUAUAAUGAAAACAAAUUCUGAAAAAUUAGAUUUUGGAAUUGAUUUCUACAUGGAUGUAUUGAAUUUGGAAUAUCUAUUGGAUGUGUUGAAUGAUGGACCUCUGACAAAAAAAUUCAAGAAAUUGAAUUCUGCUCUUGUGGAUUUGGUUGAAGAUUACAGUCUUGUUUCAUUUAUUCCUUUAAAUGUUUUUUCUGAAAAAAGCUUGUUGAAUUUGAAAUCAGCUAUUGAUAAGGCGAAUGGAUAUAUUUAUGGUAGUGGAGAAGAAAGAAAUAUGCAAACGCUUCUCUCCUGCUCAGUUGGAGCAAGAACUGAAACUGAAAGAUUCGACUCGGAUUAUAUGUGAAGAAUACUAAUUUACAAUAUUUUAUUUCAAAUUAAUACAUUAAAAAUUAUACAAAAUAAA